GCGCCACUAGUGCGCAUUGAAUUUCCAAAACUUGGCGGAGUCGGUUGACGCUGCUGCUGCUGCUCUUGAUACCCUAGCAUUUGAACGCGAAUAAGUGCACAUCGCUCGUGUCGAACCACACAUACACUCACACACACCAGACACACAGAAGCACACGCACACACACAUCCGCCCACCCCACCACAAGGCAUAGAAACAGAAUCAGAAACACCAAUACACAGCAGAGCACAGCCCGUUCUCGUUCUCGUUCUGCAAAUUAAAAAAAAUACGGAAAAGUGAAAAACUAAAUAAUAACUAAACCGUCGCGUCGCGUUGCGUCGGUGCAAAAAUGCAUUACUAACUGUUGUGCGAAAAACAGCUGCAGCGAGUGGAUCGGAGUGGAGUGAAGUGGAGUGGAGUGCAGUGAUUAACGGAAUAGAUAGCCGAGGAGAGAACGAAAAAGUGAACUGAAAAUCUCUGGCCCGGCCACAUUGCCUCAUAUGUUUUCCAAUGCAACGGUUUUCUUCUGUAUCUGUUUUCCGAUUCGAAAUCCCAUCUAACGACUCCAACUGAGAAGAGCCUGAGCGAAGCACGGAGAGAGCCUCAAGCCGAGUUUUAUUGAAAAGUUUUGGCUCCAUCGACAGCGCCAGCCACAAUCAGCAAAAUGAUCGUACGUCGUCGGUCCCGUCGCGCCCGCAUGUGGAACAUGGGUCUGCUCUUCCUGAUCUACUAUUGCGUGAGCAUCUACUCGGCCAAAGGCGACACCAGGGAGGGAUCGGCACUGCCACUGGACGUAGGCAGCUUGGCCGAGGACGAGGGCGAUGCCGAGGCUAAUGGAGAAGUGAAUACCGAGCUCAACCCGGAGCUCGAGACCACCACGCCGUUCUAUGCACCGGACGCCACCGAGGCUACUCACCACCUGCAUGGGGCCGUCCCGACUUGGCGUCCCAAGCGCGACAAUUGCACACCGCCGGCCAUCGAACAGUUCCCACAGCCCCUGAUGAACAAAUGGGCGCGCCAGCACGGCGGCCUCAUCUUGCAUAUCCUGGUGGCCGUCUACACCUUCUUCGGCCUGGCCAUCGUGUGCGACGAGUACUUUGUGGCCAGCCUGGACCGUUUGUGCGAAGAGCUGAAGCUAUCGCCGGAUGUGGCUGGUGCCACGUUCAUGGCUGCCGGCAGCUCGGCCCCCGAGCUGGCCACCGUGGUUAUAGGUGUGUUCUUCGCCAAGGACGACAUCGGCAUCAGCGGCGUCAUCGGCUCGGCGGUGUUCAACAUUAUGUUCGUGAUAUCCGUCUGCGCCCUGUGCUCGGGCACCGUUUGCCAGCUGAACUGGUGGCCACUGGUGCGGGACUGUUUUUUCUACUGCGUUUCCAUCCUGGUCAUGCUGAUCAUCAUCUUCAACGACGUCAUCUCCUGUUUCGAGUCCGUGGUGAUGCUGCUCUGCUAUGUGGGCUACUGCGUGGCCCUACACUUCAACACGGAGCUGGAGCGCUGGGCCCUCGGCCUCAACCUACCGUUCAAGCUGCCCAGCAAGGAGGAGCAGUCGGCUCUGGUGACCUACAAGAAUGUGCCCGAGAGCUCCUACACCCAGGGCAGCGCAGGACAGGGGCAGCAGCAGCAGACGAGUCUGUCCAAGGAGUCCAGCGAUGUCUUGGACGCCACCGGCACACAACCCCAGAGCGACUAUCAGAACUACAGCGACCCCAAUGCCGGCUGGGACCCGAAUUCCGCCUGGGGCGAGGAGAAUCAACCGAAACCAGCGGCUGCCAGUGCAAGACCUGCCCAACCGCAGGUCGACGACUGGGGCAUGGGGCAGUUUACCCAGGGACAGGGCCAGGGCCAGGAGAACAUGGCCUACAACUCCGAUCAGCCCGAGUCUGUGGUGACGGGUGAGGCGGCUUCGGCAGCAUCGGCAGCAUCGGCGUCGGCAUCCGCGGGUGCUGGUGCUGGUGCGGGUGCGGGUGCGGCCAAGGGGCAAGUGGUGGCAGCCACUGAGUACUACAAGUCGACGGACAAGCAACGUGAGCCUCGGCCAGAUCCGCUAAUGCGACCCACGGAGGGCGGCCUGCCGGCACUGGUGGCCUGGUAUGUGGUGUAUCCGAUCCACUUCCUGUGCAAGAAGACGAUGCCCGACUGCCGGCAGCCACAGUUCCGCAACUGGUAUCCGUUCACCUUCCUGCUCUCCAUGGUUUGGAUCUCGUUCUACUCGUACUUCAUGGUGUGGAUGAUCACAGUGAUCGGGUCCACGCUGGCCAUCCCCGACACCGUGAUGGGCCUGACGUUCGUGGCUGCUGGCGUUUCUGUGCCGGAUGCCCUAAGCUCAAUAGCCGUUAUCAAAGAGGGCUACGGCGACAUGGCCGUGUCGAAUGCGAUUGGCUCGAAUGUCUUUGAUAUCCUAGUGUGCCUAGGUCUUCCAUGGUUCAUACAAACGGCCAUCAUAAAGCCCGGCUCGCACGUGAAUGUCAUCUCCAAGGGUCUCGCCUACUCCACACUCUCUCUCUUCUCCACGGUCGUCUUCCUGAUCCUCUCGACGCAUCUCAAUGGCUGGAAGCUGGACAAGCGCCUGGGCAUAAUUCUGAUGCUCUGGUACCUGUUCUUCAUCACGCUGGCGUCGCUCUACGAAUUGAAUGUCUUCGGCUACAUGAACCCACCCGAGUGUCCCAGCACUUACUAAGUAACCAAGAGGAUACCAGCACUAAGUACCACACACACCCCAUGCACAUUCACAUACAUAUUUAUAUUCAUAUUCAUACCAUCAGAGGAGAGUCGUGCAUCAGGAACAAAACGAAGCCACCAUCCACAGCCUAGCCACAACCACAUGAGGAGGAGUGCAGGUUCGUCAUUGUAAGAGGAACCGGUAGAGGAACUGCUCGGUCAUCAUUUAAUGUUAAUUAGUGGACAAAUGGAAUACUCAAAUCGCGUUUUACAUGGAUUUUUACAUUGCACCAACCGAAGAGAGAAACGAUAAACCAAUAAGAUGAUUAUACAUAUACAUAUAUA